AUGGCCCCUGAUAUAGCAGAGAUGACAGCAGAGGAAACACUGGACCAAUGGGUGUCCAGCCCUGUGGGGGAGCUAAAAUUAACCCCUGACCAAGAGCUCGAGGAGGAACUCCACAGAUUCAACCAAGUGACCGACUAUCACACGGACACGCCCAGUGAGGAGCGUACAGCAAUCAGUGAUGCUGGUCUGUGCAGUGAGGAGGUGAUCUGCAGGAUCUGCCAUGAAGGCGGAGCCUCGGGGGAGCUGUUGUCCCCGUGCGAGUGCUCUGGAAGCCUGGCCAUGGUGCAUCAGGCCUGCCUGGAGCAUUGGCUGACCGCCUCCAACAGCAGCCAUUGUGAACUCUGCCACCACCAGUUUGCAUUGGAGCGCCUGUCAAAACCUCUGACUGAGUGGCUGGGUUCUCCCUCUGUGCAGCAGCAGAGAAGGACGUUGUGUGGAGACGCAGUGUGUUUCCUGUUCAUCACGCCGCUGGCCAGCCUCUCAGGAUGGCUGUGUGUUCAGGGAGCCAGAGACCUCUACAACACCAACGGCAUGGAGGCUCUGGGGCUGCUGGUCCUCACGCUGGCCCUCUUUACCAUAUAUGUCUUUUGGACUGUGGUGUCUGUGCGCUACCACAUGCAUCUGUUCAAGACGUGGAAGAAGACCGACCAGAGAGUGCGACUACAAGUUCCCCUGCAAGCCCACAACACACUAAACCAACAGACGCUGUCCGUAAACAUCCCCGGCAAAGCCUCCAACAAGGAGACUAUGGUGUAGACCCGAGUCUACGAUCCUAAGCAACGCUUCGAUGUAAGGACGGAGGGGAACAAAGAGCAAGACACAUCCUAAAUGAGCAGCAGAUUUAAUGAAAGGGUUGGAAGAUUCCCAUUAAGAGCUGGAGGACAAUUGGACUAAUCUGCCUUCUGUUAAAGUGUUCAAUAACAGGGGAACUGCUGACACAGCCUGGGAGGAAGGAUUGCUUCCAAGGAGCAAAAGCUCAGACUUUUCACAACCUUUGUGUCUUACAGCGAUGAAAAGUAAUUCAGGAGAGUCGUUCUGGUUGUUUGUGGUUUUCAAUGAUCUUCUGAUCCACAGUGACGGUCGCCAUCAAGAUUUCUUGAGACAAAGAAGUCUUGGAUAAAUCUCAUCUGGUUAUUCAUUCACAA